GGGAGGUGGGAAAGAGAGGGUUAAUUCUCUACACUUUGGCUGUCUGCCUGUGCAAUCACUGCAAAGUCAACUGUUAAUAAACUGUACCUUCCUCUGGCCCAUUACUAAGGAAUCCAGGAACUAAUGCUGCCUUACAGGAACAGGUGUAACAGGUUGUGAUUGACACUGCUAACCUUCAGUACCUCUCUGGGAGAAGAUAUCGCUCCUUGUCUUCCACGCCGUGACUCUCUGUCUGUCUUCCUCUCUUCUCCUUCAGUCUUCAUGCUUCCUUUAUUCCACGCUCUUCUUUCUCUCUCUCUUCCCCCACCUUUUCCCUCUCUUCCCCCAACUUUUUCCUCUCUCCCUCCUACACCUUUGCUUGUCAACAUAUCCAUUCCUUUUGUAAAUCACUUUGUCCAUAUCACACCUGUCUCCUGAACUGUUUGUCUCUUCCUGUGUUUUCUCCGUCUGUCUCUCUCUCUCCCUCUCUCUCCCGCUCUCUCUCGCUCUCUCUCUCUCUCUCUCUCUCUCUCUCUCUCUCCCUCCCCCCUCCCCUCCCCUUCUCAUUCCUGCCCGCUCUCCUGCAGACUUGCUGAAACCACAACAGACGUCUGAAUGCGAAGGUGUGCUCGACACAAAGGUCACCAACUGCAACGUGAGGCAGAGAGGAGGGAUAGAAGGAGUGAGAGAGAGGUGGACGUCACUGGAAUGUCCAGACGGUGCGACAGAAAGCCCGCAAUGUUGAACGGCCAAAGAACUGGAGGAAUGUUGCUGGUGUUUCUGCACUUGUUCUCCCCAGUGGUGCUGGACUCACCUAUCGUCGCCAGGAUUGGUGAUGACCCCCUCCUGAUUUGCCAUUUCAAUCGACCAUGGUCCCGGGAACUUGGGGGCAUCCAGUGGAGUCUGCAAAGACCUGACGGAGUCCUCCUGGCGUACAUCUACCAUCAGGGCUCAGCGGCCGCCCAGUUCCAAGACAAGCAGUUCCAGGGCAGGGCCACUGUGAAUGAGUCACUGCUGGGGCAGGGGGACGCGUCACUGAGGCUGCAGAACGUCACGGUUCAUGAUAAUGGCACCUAUAUGUGCGUUCUUCACACCCCAGAGUGGAAGGAGGUGAAAGAGCAGCUCCUCAUCGUUACAGCUCCCUACAGCCAGCCCCAUGUGAGCUGCUCACCCGUGGGUGGGGAUGGAGCGGAGGAUGAGGGGAAGGUGCAGCUGGACUGUGUGUCCCGGGGGGGGUUUCCCCUGGCACAUCUGCAGUGGGUCUGGAGCAAUGGCACCGAAUACAGGAGCGAGUUGCAGAACGCGAGCAUGGCACAGGCACCCGAUGGCACGUACCAACUAUGCAGCAGGCUGGAGGCCACCAUGUCCUGGGAUUUCGACCUGUACUGUGUGGUCACCGACUCCUGGCUGAACCAAUCCCACAGCAGCUAUGCCAACUGCCCGCAGCACAACACCCGGGGCACCGAGAGUACGCCUCGCAGCCCAGGGCACUGCCCACACCUCAAUAGCUCCCAGCUUUCCUGUGCAGAGCAUGAGCGAGUCGGACUGUUACUGUUUGCCUCCGUCCUGUUGCUGUUCUUGCUGUCGGUUUUGCUGUGGAUGUGUUGCUGUGGAUGUACCGCAGGGCGAGACCCUCCUUGAGCCGAAGGAAAGCAAGAAGCCCCGCUGGUCCCGGGGGACACCAAGAGGCUAGUCCCAUCCACACCAACACACGAGGGACUGAAGCUGGGCAAGGGAGCACCUGCUGACUCCCCCUCCAGGGAGUGGGCCAGAGCAGAAGGGACAGUACAGAUGAUGCCUACACUGAGCGAGACCACUCAACCCGUCCAAACUGCUAGUCAAGCACAGGCGGCCACCAGCCGCUCCUGAUCCUGAUAAGCAAGCCCAUUACCACUACAUCGACUCAGGCCUUGCAGGCCCAGGGAAUGAAAACCAGGUUUAUUAUCACAGAUAUGUUAUGAAACUUGUCAAUUUGCAGCACAAGUUACAAAUUAAAUGAAUAAAGACAAAGGCAAAGGUAAAGAAUAAAGUGAGGGUGGUGUUCAUGGGUUCAUCCACGGUCCUGAAAUCUGAUGGUGGAGGGGAAGAAGCUGUUCCUGAAACUUCUGGUUGAAGAUGUCGCUGGUAAAGCCCAGCCAUUACUUACAGGCACCAUACAAAACAAAGAAAGCAACUGAACGCUUUUCCUGUAAGAAUUUAUGGUAAACAAUGAAGAGGCAAGUGAAAGCAAGGCUGAGUCGAGGGUCGAUGAGUGGGUGUGAAGCACUCGAGAUGAGGUCGAGGCAAAGUAUGGUCGAGCAGAGUGAAGUAACAUUGGAACAGAGGAGAGGCAGUCGCAAGGCCCGUCCACCUAAAACAGAGGGAGGUUUGAUCAAUUUAGGUGCCAGGCUAAUUUAGAAAAGUCGGUUUCAGGCUGAAAUGUGACAGUGGGGUCCAGAGCGUAUCAAUGCGACAGGGCUCGGCCUGGGCUCCAGUGCAAAGAACGGUGCGAUGUCUGGAUGAUUUAAAUGCUGGGCUUGAUCGAUUGGAGUGGCUGGGUGUCCGCACCAGAGGCGAGGGUCAGGCCAGAUCUGCUGGCUGCUACGUGACAUUUAUUUGGCUCUGAGCACUGAGGUUGAGGCUGUGCAUGGCCUGCUCAAGGAUUUACGUCUAUGGACUCACUUUCGUUCUGAAGGUUGUUUGCUUAUUUCCAUCGCUUGCACGAUGUUUUUCUCUCUCUGCACCUUGGUUGUUUGACCGUUUUUUAAAUGGGUUCUUUUGUGUUUCUUUGUUUUGUAGCUGCCUGUGAGGAGAUGGAAGUUGUAUAAUGUAUACGUACAUCAGUAAUAAGUGGACUUUGAACGUUGAGUGUGUGUCUUCAGGCUCCUGUACCUCCUCCCCGAUGGUAGCAAUGAGAAGAGGGCAUGUCCUGGGUGAUGGGGGUCCACAAAGACUGUAGUUUCCUCUCAUUCAAUGUAAGACUGUGGAAAUGAUUGAUUUCAGGAGGAUGAAAUCAGAGGUCUAUGAGUCAGUCCUCAUUGGGGGGGAUCAGAGGUGGAGACGGUCAGCAACUUUAAAUUGCUUGGUGGUAUAAUUUCAGAGGGCCUGUCCUGGCUGCAGCACACAAGUACAAUUAUUAAGAAAGCACAGAAGCGCAUCCACUUUCUUAGAAGUUUCCAAGAUUUGGCAUUGCAACUAAAGCUUUGAUAAACUUCUAAGUGUGUAAUGGGACAAUAUACUGACUGGUUGCAUCAUGGCCUGCUAUGGAAACACUAAUGCCCUUGAACGGAAAAUCCUACAGAAAGUGGUGAAUACAGCCGAGUCCAUCACGGGUAAAGCCCUCCCCAACAAAGAGCACAUUUACAUGGAGUGCUCUCGCAGGAAAGCAGCAUCCAUGAUUGAGGACCCUCACCAUCCAGGCUAUGCUCUCUUCUCACUGCUGCCAUCAAAAAGGUAAAGAGUCUUGGGAUUCACACCACCAGGUUCAGCAACGGUUAUUGCCCCUCAACCAUCAGGCUCUUGAACCAAUGGGGAUAACUUCCUAAACUGUUUCCACAGCCUUAUGGACUCACUUUCAAGGACUCUUUAUCUCAUGUUCCCGAUACUGAAUGCUUAUUUAUUAUUAUGUUUUUUUCUCUUUGCAUUUGCACAUUUUGUUGUAUUUUGCACAUUGGUUGUUUGACUGUACUGCUGGGUGCAGUCUUUCAUUAAUUCUAUUGCGUUCCUUGUAUUUACUCUAGAUGCUCACAAGAAAAUGAAUCUCAGGAUUGUAUAUAGUAGCAUAUAUGUACUUUGAUAAUAAAUUUCCUUUGAACUUCUUUCACAAUGAAAAAAAUAUACAGUUUAUUUCUGAAAUAAAGAAUACACUCCUGGUUC